GUUCACCCUGGCGCCCUCCCUGAAAACGGGGCGGUCCGGGAGUCAGGCCCCGGCGGCGGGCUCAGUGGGCGGCAGGUUCGCGCGUGGUUUUCUCUUUUCAAGGAGCGCGAAACGGCGAGACGCGGACGGAGGAAUUGGAAGCCUUUUCCCAAAACUUUGCGGCCAUUUCCGUAUCUGAGACUGUAAGCUCAGUUCCUGAAAAGGUUACUCAGACUUUAUUAGAGAAGCGUUGUGCUUCCAGGUAGAAACGAAACUCUUCAUAAAUAAAAGUCUAUUUCAUAUUAGUGUGGGAUAGUGUGAUGUUCUCAAAACAUCAUUCUGUGACUUUUUUCCGAGAUACUUGACCCCUUAUUAAAACGAGGGUUGUAAACAGCCCUGGAAACAGGACGUUUCUUUAGUGAACUUAGUAGAAUGGCUCAACUAGCACGGCCGGGACACUGGCGCCGACGGAGACACCUUGUGGUCGCACAAGGCUGUCCUGUGCCGGCCGUCUUCCUGCUCCUUGUCCUCUGGGGGACCUGGUGUUUCAGGUGUCCCGGCCAGUGAACCUAAGUAGACCAGGUGUCUGUCCGCACACCACUGUCGUGCAGCAUCUCAUGCAAGGCUGGCAUGUGCUGGGCUCGGCCAGGAUCCAGCCUGCAGGACGGGGUACCUUAUCGAAGGUUGGAGCCACCUGUAACCACGAAACGUAAAUGUCUGUUUGGGACGUUUGGGAGUUUUUGAAAAUAUAGGUCAAGGUUUCCAGUAAACUCUUAGGACUUAAUUCUAUUCCAUAGUAUGUUGGGGAAGACAUUGCUGGCAUUGUCUUGAAAAAGGUGAGCUAACCGAAUUCUUACAUAAUAAUCCAUUUGCCUAGGAUAGCAAAUUGCAAACUCUUUAUAUAUGGAGUUGUGGUUUCAGCUUUUUGAGGACUUAUUUUAACUUUUAUUAUUGAGUAUCUCAAUUUUUUAGCUAAAGAGAAAUAUUUUUAAGCAGAUUGACUUAAAAAUCCUUAAAAUGUUUACAAGCAAGUCAAAAAAUAAGGAUACUUUGACUGUUGAACUCUAGAGGUAUUGAAUAUGAAAUGUUGCAGUUGUAAUACUACUUAAUUGUAGUUGAUUAGUAGUUUUUUUUAGUAGUUAUUUCAAUGUAAAAUUUCUGAGAGUAGCUUUAGACUAUUCUCCAGGUCCUACCUGGCUGAUGGUCUUAAUAAGAAUAUACAGAUCUCUUUAGUUGAAUGCUUACUUUAUAAGGACUGAAAAACAGUAUUUUGUACAUUUUACUGAGUGGGGAAGAAUGUGAGUAAAUUCCUAACAGCUGGAGACGUUUGAGAUAUUUGAAUAAUUACCAUUAUAAUCAUAAUAUUAACUAACAUUUAUUGAACAUUUAAGCUGAGGCUAAGGGAGCUCAGCUGCUGACCAAAAGAUCAACAGUUCGAAUUCACCAACCACUCCUUUAAAACCCUAUGGGGCAGUUCUACUCUGUCCUAUAAGGUCCCUGUGAGUCAGAAUCGACUUGAUGGCAGUGGGUUUGGUUCAUUAUUUCCUAGGCAUUGCUCUAUGUGCUUUCCAUGCGUUAACUCAUUUAAUCCUUGCGUUAACCACAUGAAAUGGGCACUGUUACCAUCUUGACUUUACAGAUAAGGAGAGGCCCCUAAAGGAUGAGCACUCAAGCUCUACAGAGGGGCAGCAUCCGGUGAUUCCAUGCGUGAUCACUACCCCAUACUGCAUCUUUGUUUUCCUUUGUAGGGUUCCUUUCAUUUUAGUAUGUAGCAAGAGGCCUGUGGUAUGUUAACAAAAUUGUAUUCGUAUUAGAAAGUUACAGUAAUUUGAUUUUUUAAAAAAUCUGUGUUUUUAGAUCUUGUUAAGUGCCUUCUAGCUGGCUCUGACUCAUAGUGGCCUUGUGUGCAACAGAACGAAACACUGCCUGGUUCUGUGCCAUCCUCACAAUCAUUGUUAUGCUUGAGGCCAUUGUUACAGCCACAGUGUCAAUCCAUCUCCUUGAAAGUCUUCCCCUUUUUUAUUGACAGUCUACUUUUCCAAGCAUGAUGUCCUUCUCCAGGGACUGAUCUCUUCUGAAUAACUUGUCCAAAGUAUGUGAGACGAAGUCUUGCCAUCCUUGCUUCCAAGAAGCAUUCUGGCGGUACUUCUUCCAAGAUAGGUUUGUUUGUUCUUUUGGCAGUUCAUGAUAUAUUCAAUAUUCUUUGCCAACACCAUGAUUCAAAGGCAUCAAUUCCUCUUUGGUCUUCCUUAUUUGUUAUCCAGCUUUCACGUGCAUAUGAGGCGAUUGGAAACACCAUGGCUUACCCCUUGACUAGUAUGUGAAUAAAUCAAUUUCCUAAUGUCUAAUUCCUCAUUUCAUUUCCUUAAUGGAAAUGUUGAACUUAAACAGUUAAAAACCAGUUACCCUGGAGUUGGUUGCCACUCAUCGUGACUCCAUGCAUGCCAGAAGAGAACUGUGCCCCACAGGGUUUUCAGUGACUGAUUUUUUGGAAGUAAAUCACCAGGCCUUUCUUCUGAGGCAGCUCUGGGUGAAUUCAAAUCUCCAGCCUUUCAGUUAUCAGCAGAACAGGUUAACUGUUUACACCACCUUUGAUAUUCUUGUCACAUAAAGGAUUGCAUUAAAAGUUUUUAAAUCUCUCCUUUUUGGGGGAUGUGAGUAUGGCUGUACAGAUUGAUGACUUUUUAGGGUAUAUUUUUGCUAAAUUUUUGAAUGUAAAAAAAAUAUUUCACAGGAUUGGUAAUCCGAUUUUAGUCUUAGUAUGUACCCUUUUCACGGGGGUAUACAAGUACUUAAAGUAGUCAGUUAGAUGAGUUCUGUAAGCUUAUUGUGGUGUUGACAAAGAAUAUUGAAUAUACCAUGGACUGCCAGAAGAACAAACAAAUUCGUUUUGGAAGAAAUACAGCCAGGAUGCUCCUUAGAAGCAAGGAUGGAUGAUAAUGAAGAUAAUUCAAAUGAUGGGACCCAACCACCCAAAAGGAGGCGGAUGGGCUCAGGAGAUAGCUCUAGGAGUUGUGAGACUUCAAGUCAAGAUCUUGGCUUUAGCUACUAUCCAGCAGAGAAUCUGAUAGAGUACAAGUGGCCCCCUGACGAGACGGGAGAGUACUAUAUGCUUCAAGAACAAGUCAGCGAGUACUUGGGUGUGACCUCCUUCAAGCGAAAGUACCCAGAUUUAGAGCGACGAGAUUUGUCUCACAAGGAGAAACUCUACCUUAGAGAGUUGAAUGUCAUUACAGAAACGCAGUGUACUCUAGGUCUAACGGCGUUGCGCAGCGACGAAGUGAUUGACUUGAUGAUAAAAGAGUACCCAGCCAAGCACGCCGAAUACUCCGUCAUCCUGCAAGAGAAGGAGCGUCAGCGGAUCACAGACCACUACAAGGAGUAUUCGCAAAUGCAGCAACAGAAUACUCAGAAGGUUGAAGCCAGCAAAGUGCCUGAGUACAUAAAGAAAGCUGCUAGAAAGGCUGCUGAAUUCAACAGCAACCUAAACCGGGAGCGCAUGGAAGAGAGAAGAGCCUACUUUGACUUGCAGACACACGUUAUCCAGGUGCCUCAAGGGAAGUACAAGGUGUUACCUACAGAGCGGACGAAGGUUAGCUCUUACCCUGUGGCUCUCAUCCCGGGACAGUUCCAAGAGUAUUACAAAAGCACAGGGAACCUGAAGACGGUUCUCUUGCACUGCAGGUACUCACCUGAUGAGCUGCGGUAUUUGCCGUUGAACACAGCGCUGUACGAGCCCCCCCUGGACCCCGAGCUCCCUGCCCUGGACAGUGAUGGUGACUCGGAUGACGCUGAGGAUGGGCGUGGUGACGAGAAACGCAAGAGCAAAGGCGCUUCGGACACCUCCUCUGGGGACGCGUCUGAUGGCGAGAGCCCUCCGCAUCCGCCAGGCCCGGAGGACUCCCCGCAGGGAAGAUCCAAGUCUAAAGACAAAGCUGCUACGCCAAGGAAAGAUGGUUCCAAACGUUCUGUACUGUCCAAAUCCGUUCCUGGGUACAAGCCAAAGGCCAUUCCAAAUGCCCUAUGUGGAAUUUGUCUGAAGGGUAAGGAGUCCAACAAGAAAGGAAAGGCCGAAUCACUUAUACACUGCUCCCAAUGUGACAACAGCGGCCAUCCUUCUUGCCUGGACAUGACCGUGGAGCUUGUUUCUAUGAUUAAGACGUACCCUUGGCAGUGUAUGGAGUGUAAAACAUGCAUUGUAUGUGGACAGCCCCACCACGAAGACGAAAUGAUGUUCUGUGAUGUGUGUGACCGAGGUUACCAUACUUUCUGUGUGGGCCUUGGUGCUAUUCCGUCAGGUCGCUGGAUUUGUGAUUGUUGUCAGCGAGCUCCCCCAACGCCCAGGAAAGUGGGCAGAAGGGGGAAAAACAGCAAAGAGGGAUAAAAUGAUUUUUUGACCCCAACAUUGUAAUAUGCAUUUAAGUGAAAUACUUGGUGCCAAUUUAUUUACAACAUUCUCAUUUUUAUGCUAAUAAAACAUUUUUUGGAAUUAACUGUGCUUAAA